CUGUGAACCACGAAGACGGUGGCGGGGCGGGGUCGGCGUCGUGAUUGGCUGCCGCCGCGAGGCCACGCCCAGCGACUCCUCCUCCUCCUCCCUCCCCAGCCCCGUUCGCUCGCUCUACUCAGGUGACUGGCAUUGAGGUCGCCGUCGCCACCUGCGCCUGCCCGCUCGUUUCUUCCGGCUCCGAGGAAGUCGCUUCUCCGCUGCCGGCAUGGAGACGCAGAGCUCAGCCGCCGGUCGUCUCCCGCGCCCUCUCUUCUGCGCCCUCGUCCUCUUCUUGCUCGAGGGAUCAGGUGAGCGCCGGCUCUGGGAGGAAAGCGGGGCUGAAACGGCUGCGGGGGGGGGAGGGGCAGUGGGAUUGGAUAGACAACCCGCCCCACCAAAAAAAGAGCUGGAAGGGACCUCCAAGGGCCAUCUAGUCCAACCACCUUGCAAUAUGCGGGAAUCCCGCGCACAGAUGCCCCUGGGUGGUUUCGAACCAGCAGCCUUCUGGUGUUUACAACCAGACGCGCGCACACUGCACCGCAGAGAACCCAGACUGAAGCUGGGAGGGUGCCUGUUGGGCUUCUGUGUGAGUCACCAGACCGCUUUGUGUCCAUCGCCAUUGUGUUGAUAUUAUUAUUAUUAUUAUUAUUAUUAUUAUAUCAACACAAUGGCGAUGGACACAAAGCGGUCUGGUGACUCACACAGAAGCCCAACAGAUGUGUUGAUAGAAGUAGCAUCUAGGUUUUUUGAGCUGCUGGAGAACUCUUGAAAGCUCUUGAAAUGACUUGCGAGCCUCAAGCUGGGAGGGUGCCUGUUGGCCCCCUUCAUGAAUCUUAAUAUUGGAAUUGUUAGAGUUGGAAGGGGCCCCGAGGGUCAUCUAGUCCAACCCCUUUCAGUGCAGGAAGCAAUGAAUUAAUGAUAGAAUUGUAGAGUUGGGAGGGACCAUGAAAGUAAUCUAGUCCAAUCUCCUGCAGUGCUAGAAUCCUUUGCCCAACAUGGGGCUUGAAGCUCAGGUGGAAUCUACACACAUAUUAAAAAAACUCUGUGAAGAUGCAUUUUUUAAUAAUAUUUUUUUUUUUUGAAAAAUACACUGAAUUUUGCAUAGCUUGUUGUUGCCAUGUAGUAUCACAUUUGUAUAUUGCACUUUCAACACAUCGUUCUGCCCGGACACUGAGGUCCAGCUCCGAGGGCCUUCUGGCGGUUCCCUCACUGCGAGAGGCCAAGUUACAGGGAACCAGGCAGAGGGCCUUCUCAGUAGUGGCGCCCGCCCUGUGGAACGCCCUCCCAUCAGAUGUCAAAGCGAUAAACAACUACCUGACAUUCAGAAGACAUCUGAAGGCAGCCCUGUUCAGGGAAGUUUUUAAUAUGUGACAUUUUUAUCUUUGUUGGAAGCCGCCCAGAGUGGCUGGGGAAACCCAGCCAGAUGGGCGGGGUACAAAUAAAUUAUUAUUAUUAUUAUUAUUAUUAUUAUUAUUAUUUUAUUUGCAGCUGCGUAGAUGAAUUAAGAUCUUUAUGCUCUACCUCCUGGGCUAUCUCAGCUGUCCAGCCUUCCUCUCUGCAACUAGUGCAUCCUGGAUAUUCAGCUGCUGAAUUUAGCAGAUCAAGAAGAAUGGGCUGUCUUCAGAGGAGGCUCACCUGUUACACCCUUGCUUGAGUGGGUGUUCCAGGCUUACUUGCUUCCCUCAGUUGUUCAUUAUUGGGGAUGUGGGGUUUGGUCUAUCUAUGCUCUAUAUUGAACAGGAAUGGACCACUGCUGCUAGUGAUGCUGAGGUGCACAUCAACACUGGCUACUCCAGGGAAGGAGAUGGCCUGUGCUGUAUGUCUCUGCAUUACCUGGCAGGGCUUGUUACCUCCCAGGAGAACUCUGCUGGUGUGUGCCUCUACCUUGAGGGCAGCUGAGUGAUUCAGUUGUCAGUUGCCUUCUUCCAUCUCUCUAUUGGGAGGGUAUUCAGUCAUUUGAUUUGUGUGGAUGCUCAUCAAAAUCAGUUGUUGCGUCCUCUGCCUAAGUUGAGACUUGCCUCUUUCCCGUGGGAGAUGUGCUCAGCACAGUGGGGUGUGCAGAAAUGCAGGAAAUUGGGUAACUGCUGCUCUUCCCUGCUAAAAGUGAACUUUGGGAUCAGGAGUGAACUGUGCCUUCAGUCAAAAAGUUGGGGUGUAUUCAGGAUUGGGAGGGGCCAUAGCAUGGGGUAGAGGAAUAUCUGAAAGGUAAAGGUCAGGUAAGGAGCCAUUUUGGAAAUAGGUUGACGUAUUAUAUCUUCCUAGCCCUUUGAAAAUUCUAACCUGCUUCUCAGGCAAGUAAGGCUCCAGAGGUAGCUCCAGUUAAUUAAAAAAUAGAAACCUUGGAAUUAUAACUUCUAAAGCAUAUUCUUAAAAGCACUGAAGAAAAACUAAAGAUAAGUAUUUCUUUUCUUUUCAAAUAACGACAGGGCAGCAAAGCUAACUCCGAAAUGCUAAGAUUGUAGUCCUAAGCGUUCUUGCCCCCAAGAAGUAAGCCUUGCUGAAUUUGCUCUCCAGUAAACAUGAUUAAAUGUUAGUCAGGCUGUGAACGUCUGAACAGUCCAUAGCUUGCCCAAUUAAAAGCAUGAUUACCUGGAUGCAGAUUUUGAGAUGGGCCUGUAAAGUGCUCCUCUCAAAUGGUAAACUAAAAAAGUGGGGGUAUUGCACUUUACGACCUUAAUGAGAGUGCAGAAAACAAUGUUUUGUUAUAUGUGCAGAUGUUCUUUAAACACUUGACAUGGCACUAAGGCAUUGCUGUCUGCUAAGAGCAGGACAUAGUCUUCAGGGGGUCAUAGCUUGGGGGUUAGAGCAUCUGCAAUGUAUGCACAGAGAUUCCUCACAAAUCCAGUUUAAAGGCUCUUGAGAAAGAAUCUGAAGAGCUGUUGCCAUAAAAGGCAACUACUGUGAUGGAUGGACCAUUGUUCUAAUUUGACUUAAGGCAGCAACAUGUCCUAGUUUAAGAAGCGAAACGUGAAGCUUUCCCAUACCUACAUAUGAGUUAAACAUGGCUUGAGUAUGUUGCAGCAAUGUUUUAUCAGUCAAGACCUCUUACAAAAGAGUUAGCUGGUUGAAAUAAAGUGACUUCAGAAGAACCUUGGGGUUCUAUGUUGAUGCUCUUGCAUUUGGUGAACCAAAGUCCCCAGUCAUUCCCAGGCUCCCAAGACAUGCGGGAACAGGACUAAGGUUUACUCACUGUAAAGAUCCAGAAGCAAACAUACUCUCAUGCGUCACUCACUUUGUGGUUUUCUCUUAAGCAAAAGAGAAAGCUGGUUUCUUUGGAGACCCCUUACCAGAAAGUUAAACUCAUAGCACAGAGAAACAAUUUCAAUGACAAAUGGCCCCUCUUCAGAUGACCAGCUGAAAUGCCUACCUAUUGCCUUCUUUAAAAGAUCAUGUACUGUAGUGUCAUUAUUCCGCCCUAAAGAUCUGGCAUACCCUGUGUCUUCCAUCAACAGAAGGAAGUCACAGUUGCAAGUCACAGUUACAAAUGCUAAGCUUGUAGCCAUGGAAAGAAUAACAGUGGGUAUUACAAAUGUAGUGAUCAUUCUUCCAGAAUAAAUUUUGAUGUGGGUGUUGGCAGCUGGGAAAGGGGAGGAGAGAAAGCAUGCUUGUGAACAAAUGGUUGUAAAAUUGAAAUUCGUGCUUCUACAACAGCCUUCUCAACCUGGUGACCUCCAGAUGUUUUGCACUACAGAUCCCAUCAUUCCUGACCAUGGCUCAUGCUUGCUGGGGCUGAUGGGAAUCAGAGUCCAGCAGGAUCUGAAGGCUGUUGGAAUGGGGAAAGCUGCAGAAGAACUGUUUCUUCCACUUUAGUUACCUUUAAAAACUCUUGAUAUAAAUACUGCCUGCAGGUGUGUUUUGUUUUGUUUAAAUGUGGUGAUUCAGACCUUUGUUUAAAUAUCACCAUGUCCAGAUAUCUGGUAGACGGCUUCAGAAAAGCAACCAUCCCUUGACACAUAUUUCAUAACACUAACCUACACUUCCUGUUCUGUAAGAAUUACCAAGAAUGUAUGAUGUGCCUUGGUUGGGAUUAGAUAGGGAAUGUGUUUUUAUUUAAGGUUGAUGGGCAUGUUAUCAUGCCUUAUAAUAAUGGUUUUAGCAGGUAAUAAUAUUUUGCAAGCUUAAUGUAGUUAAUAAGACUUCUCAGGCUGCCCUGUACUUGGCAAGAAAACAGAAUGAAUACUUCUAAGUUCACUUAAAUGGUGAACCCUAAUGUGUUGCCUUUUUGGAUAGGUGAUUGGGAUAGGUGAGUGGACCUAGGUCUAUGCAUUGGGUUUCCAACAAAAUCCCCUUGUAUCUACGGCUCUUACCCUACACUCACCCACUCUUUGGGUACUUGAGCUACUAUCCCCCAAGAAGGCUUCUUUAAUCCCUUCUCCUACUCGUUCUCCUGGAGUAAAGGACCAUCUACUCACUACUGUAUACAAGCAAGCAUUGAGGUUAACAGCUGGGAGUGCUCUAACGCUCUUUGGAAGCCUCUUUUGGGCAAGGUGGAAAAGCAUUUCAUAUUUCCCACCCCUUAAAUGACCACAUCUCUCCUUGCUCCCCUUUCCUUCUAAUUAUAUCUGCACGUCAUUAAUGAAUAAAGAAUGGACAAAUGAAAGGGACAGAUGGACAAAUGCAAACCGUAGAAAUGGGUUCUGCUUUGUAAUGCUGCAAGUGCAAAUGUAAUUUAUCCAGUGUUAGUCCUACACAGAGCAGACCCAUCGAAAAUGAACGUGACUAAUCUAGGUCCGCUAAUUUCAGUCUGUCUGCUUUUGAAACCCAGUUUUCCCUUUCUGCUAGCACAAGAGGCUCUGUGUCUCUAAAGAAGUGGCUCACACAAAAUGCUACCCAAAAGCACUGAGGUCCCACAGAGGCAUUUUGGAGUUCCCCCAGUAAGAUCAGUGAUGGUGUUCCUCUGAAAGACAGCUUGCUUACCACUGCUAAUGUCCCUCUGUCAUGUGCUGCUGCAGAGGAUUAUUCAGGACCAUUUUAUUGUGUAAAAAUGUAAGCCUGUCAAAGGAGCCUGAAUGCAAAGUGUGAGUUUCUAGAGAUGAUUAUAACACAUUGUCUAAUGAGCAAACAAUAUUCUAGUUGUUUACCAGGCUUAUGCUGUGGAUGUAGAAGUGAAAGAUGCAUCCAAUGAGACAUGCCUAUUUGGAAAAUGGAUUAUGAACUUCUCUAUAACAUAUGAAACUGAACACAAUGAAUAUGUAAGUAUCUAACCUGUUAUUGAAACUUUCAAAAUCUAGUGUAUGUGUGUGUAAACAUAUGUUUCCAUAUUAAGUAUGUGCCAUGAAUAGUUCCUAUUUGGGUAUCUUAAUGCUAAAAUAUAUUAGCAAUCCACUUUUAAUUCCUAAUUAAGAUGCUAUUUCAGCACGAGCAAGAUAUACCUACUAGUGUUAAAAAAAUUCUUGCUAAAUUUAAUAUCCCACUCUUCUCUUAGGUGAUGGUGACUGACCCAAAGUCAUCUAGGGAGCUUCAUAACUGGUCAUAGGGUUUCAGCCUGGUUCUUUCCAGUCUCAGUACAGCAGACCUGGGUUCUACAAUCCUGAUGGUAGUGUUUGUUGCAGCUUUAGGGUUUGAUUGAAGCUUGGCCAACUUUCAACGUCUCCCUCCCCCCAAAUACAUGUACUUCUACCUCCCCCAGGCACCUGCAUCAAGCAUUCCGGGCCCACCCCCCUAUACAUACACUUUCUCAUAGGCAAGCAAACAAAUGCAUACAUGCAGCCACAACCGGUAAUUUUAGCCUCCCCCACUCCAACACUGGGGUGGAGGUGACAAGAGGCAUCCCUGUUUAGACAAGAUCUCUAAAGAGAGAGAGGGAUUUUAUCUCCCCAUCUAGCACUAAGCAUCAUAGCGCCAAAUUCCGAGAUAAGCCCCUAUACUUGCUCAUGAAUUGUAAAAGGCAGCAUUUCUACCUACCCCAGUGCUGGGGUGGGGAAAAUGCUGCCAUUUAGUCUCAGAAGAACAGGCAGAGAGCUUAUAUAAGAGACAAGAGAGAUUGCUUUAGUUGUUCUACACUGAUGCUGGGUAAUUGGCAGAUAGGUGUGGUUUCCCUCCCCAAAUGCCCUACAGGCCAAAUGCGAGGAAUCUGGUGGGCCUAGGUAGGUCCACUCACUGGCCAGAGGUUCCCCACAACUGCACAGCACCAUUCUUAGCAACAGCCUGGAAGAAAAAUCCCUUUAAAAUCGGCUUAAAACCAGUGCAGUAAAUGGGUUGCAUUUAAAUGGAUGUACCAAAUCUAACAAAAGGGAUUAUCUUGGAUAUAGGUAGGAGAACUUGAAUUCUCUUCCAAAACUCAAGUACAGUACAGUCGUACCUUGGAAGUCGAAUAGAAUCCGUUCCAGUUGUCCUUUCGACUUCCACAACGUUCGGAAACCAAAGCAUGGCUUCUGAUUGGCUGCAGGAGUAGCCAAUCAGAAGCCCUGUAGGAUGUUCCGGGUUUGCGACGUUCGGAAGCCAAAAUGUUCAGGAACUAAGCUGUUCGAAAACCAAGGUACGACUGUAUAUAGAUGGUGCUUUCUAGAAAAAAGACAAAAGUCCUCCUGCUGAUACUGGGAGUACUGGUCAGUGACUGCUGUCUGUUAUCUUCAAAAUGUUUCAGAAAAACACAGUUCUUACAUUCCCUGAACAUGUAAGGUAUGAUGGAAGCAGUUGUGACAACGAAAUAUCUGGCCCUGUGCUAGCAAUAGAGUUUGGAGAAGGUCAUUCUUGGAAUAUCAGCUUCACGAAAACAAACGACACCUAUCAAGGGAUCAUCUCCUUCACCUACAACACCAAUGAUACAGCCCUGUUUCCAGAUGCUAAAAUGAAAGGUAAGGUGGCAUUCCAAGUUACCCUGCAAUAGUUGUUGCAGCUCUUAACAGGGUGAACUCCUCACUUUAGAAAGAAAUGCCUUUUUUAAAAUUCAGAGGCUGAGUAAUUCAAGUUUACAGCAGAAUCGGUUCAUUACUUGAAAAAUUUGCACAACUUUAUAUUUGUGAAAGUUCCAUGGACGAGGAUAUUACAUAGUAAGCGUUAUAUUGCAAAGCAUUGUAGAAUUCCAACCUAUAAUUGCUGCUCCUUUCCACCAUGUGGCCCAGAAGUCCCUGUGGUGGCAUCUGGGCAAGGGCAGAGAUUUUCUAUAAUAAAAAAAGUAUCAAAAGUGGCACUCUGUUUCCAUGAUCCCAGUCCUAAGCCCACUGCUAUUCUUGCUCCCCUCCAACAAUUGCCACCUCCCUGCAACUCUAGCUAGGAUGGUCUUGCUGCCUUGACCUCUCUGUUUUAAAGAGGUGUGAUGAUGAUAUUAUUAUUAUUAUUAUUAUUAUUAUUAAUAAUAAUAAUAAUAAUAAUAAUAAUAUAAUAUAUUAUUUAUACCCCACCUAUCUGGCUUGGCCUUCCCAGCCACUCUGGGCAGCUUCCAACAAAAUAUUAAAAUACAAUAGUGCGUCAAACAUUAAAAGCUUCCCUAAACAGGGCUGCCUUCAGAUGUCUUCUGAAAGUCUGGUAGCUGUUGUUCUCUUUGACAUCUGGUGGGAGGGCAUUCCACAGGGCGGGCUCCAUUACCGAGAAGGCCCUCUGCCUGGUUCCCUGUAACCUCACUUCUCGCAGUGAGGGAACCGCCAGAAGGCCCUCGGAGCUGGACCUCAGUGUCCGGGCAGAACAAUGGGGGCGGAGACACUCCUUCAGGUAUACUGGGCCGAGGCCAUUUAUAAGCCUUUUAAAUGCCUUCUAGUCAGACAGAUUUGGGAUUUGGUACAUGAUAAAACGUAUUUUCGUAGUAAGAUAGUCAGAAGAGCCUGCUGGUUCUGGUCAUCAGCCUAUCCCGUUGGCCCAUCUAGUCCAGUUCUCACCAUAGCCAAACAGUUCCCUGUGGCAAACCAGCAAGCAGAGUUUUAGGAUAAGACCACUCUUCCCCCUCCUGUGGCUUCCAGCAACUGGAAGCUUUAUAGUUCAAACCAUUAUUGUCUUGAGCUAGGCUGUAGCCUACCAUGGCUUAUGCCAUAUUGGUUAGCCUUCAAUUUAACCACAGAGCUUUUUGUAGCCAAAAUUACAACUAUGUACCUGAGACGCACAAAGACCUGCUUGCUUGGCUUUAAUGUUCAUAAUAUCAGUUGUCUUAAAAGCAUCUGUUCUUUUUCUUUUUAAUAGGACUAAUUACCACCUCUACAAACUAUCCUUUGCAUCCAGUUAAUCUAGACACAGUUUUCAUUUGUCAAAAUGUGGACUUCGUUGAAUCUGGCAGUGUUAUACAGAACUUCCAGAAUGUCGUUCUCGAGGCUUUUCUUCCAUCUGGCAACCUAAGUGACCAAAGUUAGUAGUUUAUAGUCUUGUGCAAACAUUUUUUCCCCUCUACCCUAGGGGUUGGGAACCUGUGGCCCUCCUGAUGUUGUUGCACCACCACUCCCAUCAGCUUCAGCCUUCAUGGCCAGUGGUUGCAAUCAUGGGAGUUGUAGUCCGACAGCGUUUGAAAGACUCCUAUUCUAGCAGUUUUACAAAGCUUCUGAUGAACUUUGCCAGUUUAUCUAGUCAGCAUAUGUAUUUGAUUAGCUGCAGGUUCCCUAUCUGAGUUUAGAGAUCUGACGUGGGGACUGCUAAGGUUUUUUUGAGGCUUGUUGUUUCUUCUAGAAGUGCAUUUUUAUUUUCAUUUACUUUUCACUUCCAGAAAAUAGGUUCUGUUGCUGUGGUUCCAGAGCGUUACUCUUUGGCAGUCCUCUAGUUUAAAAAGUUGCUAGUUGGCCUUUACUGGUUGUCUCCUGUUUUGUGUGCACAAGCUAUAGGAACAUAGGAGGCUGCCUUAAACAGAGGAAGACCAUUGGGUCCAUCAGCUCACUAUUGUCUACACUGGUAGGCAGCAGCUCUCUGUAAUUUCAGGCAGCAUCCUCUUCCAGCUGUACCAGGAGAUGCUGGAGAUUGAACCCAAGAACUUUCUGCAUGCAAGGCAGGUGUUCUGCCACUGAGUUCUGGCCCUUUGAUAGUCUUCAUAGUUUGCUAGUAUCUUCAUAGCUGGAAAUAGGUGAACAGUUUGAUGUUCUUCAGGGUCUGUGAAUUUAGUUCUGUGCUGCUAGUGUAUAUAUUUCUAUUUUUCAGAGACCGUGUGUGAUAAAGAUGCUGUAGUCACCCCUGAGCCUGCUGUUCCUGAUACCAGCUCCACUGAUACCACCUCCAUCACCAAUACCACCUUCAUCAUCAAUACCACCUCCAUCACCAAUACCAAUACCAAUACCACCUCCAUCACCGACGACACCACAGAGGAGGCUAACACAACAAUUUUAUCAUCACGUUCCAUCAGCCAACCAGAUGAGAUACCUGCCACAGGAACCUACUCUGUUAAAAAUGACACCGAGGUCUGUCUUCUGGCAACCAUGGGGCUGCAGCUGAACAUGACAAAGGUAAUUAUUUCAGCCAAUUCUUUAUCUAUUGGACACAUAAGCUCUGGUUUCAGGGCAUCUAGCAAAGUUAAACAUAAAUCGCUAACAAAUACAUUUAUUUAUUUAUCUUUAAAAAAUCCAUUAGCAGCAGAUAAAACAGCAAAAAGACAGAUGAAAGCCAUAGAAAACGCAACAGCAUGUAAGGUGUUGCAUAAAUCAAAAGGUGGAUGAUCCUCUCCCCGCCCCACACCUUUAGCUCUGCAACUGCUGGCUUGUAUAGUUGUAUGCUUGGUGAAAGGAAUGCAGUUUGUGGUGUGUGUUUAGCAGGUGAAAGUGCCUUGGAAUAGGACCUCCCAAAACUUUUGAAGACGGCAUUCUGUUCUGCAAAUUGUAAGUGCACAGCUCACCCACAGAGGGAGCCCAAGUGCAUAAGGCUGAGAAGCUGGUGCUUGUUAAGGUACCGGUUUAGAUCAGUUACUCUCCUUGGAACUGUAAGAUGGAAGGGGAAAUAAGCAUCCCCUUUUAUUCUUUUGGAAUCUAGCAGUGCUGAUCUGCUUGGAUAGUCAGGCUAGUUCUACAACAGAGUAUAGAAGCUAUUCAGUGUUUAUGAACAAGCAUUGGACAUUCUUUAUGGGCAUGGGGAAGCUUGUGAAAGAAGCGUUGUGAGCGGCUUAAUUUUCGGUUUGCUCUGGGUUUUCAUUUCUUUAUUAAAUUUAUUUAUUGAAUUUAUAUCGCACUGUUCUUCCCAAAGACUCUUAUGAACAUUAAUCCAAACACAACUACAGCUAGCGGGCGUUGCGGCAAUAGAUCUUCUGUCCUCACCCUGACAGAUACCGACAUCGUGGUUGUCUUAACUUUUGCUGUCGUAAGUAACUCAUUAUUCUGUGUGCAUAUAUGUGGGAAAUGAAUUCAGCUUCAUUGCAGGUUCUUGAAAACUUAUUUCUCCAUUCAGGUUGCUUCACCCUUUUACUGUUAGUCGCUCUCGCAAGAGCAGCGUAACAACUCUGUUAUUGUAUUGGAAGGGGGUGCAUGAGUGUUAAGAUCCCUGUUUGUGCCUCUUAUGAAAGUGCAGGAGGAUAACCAGAAAUCAAACUUUUAUUUUUUAAAAACUCCUGCUGCUUGUUGACAAAGUCGCAGCAGUAUUGCUAGGCACGGUUGACAUAGGAAGCUGCCUUAUGCUGAGUUAGACCAUUGCAUCCAUCUAGCUCAGCACUGUCUACACUGACUGGCAGCAGCUCUCCAGGGUUUCAAGCAGGGGCCUCUCCUAGCCCUACCUACAGGUACUGAGGAUUGAACCUGGGACAUUUUACAUGCAAGGCAGAUGUUCCACCUCUGAGCUACAGCACACCCUUACAUUGCAAUUAAGUUUUACUUGCUAUGUCACAUGCCCUUGACUCCUAGUUUUUAAGAAAGAAGUUCAGCAGCUUGGUGAUAAGCCAUUAAAGAAAAUCUCUUUUUCAAGAUGACUAAGGAGGGAAGAUGGGACGUGGGUGGCGCUGUAGGUUAAACCACAGAGCCUAGGACUUGCCGAUCAGAAGGUCGGCAGAUCGAAUCCCUGAGACAGAGUGAGCUGCUGUUGCUCGGUCCCUGCUCCUGCCAACCUAGCAGUUCGAAAUCAUGUCAAAGUGCAAGUAGAUAAAUAGGUACCACUCUGGUGGGAAGGUAAAUGGUGUUUCUGUGUGCUGCUCCGGUUCGCCAGAAGCGGCUUAGUCAUGCUGGCCACAUGACCCGGAAGCUGUACACCGGCUCCCUCGGCCAGUAAAGCAAGAUGAGCGCCGCAACCCCAGAGUCAGCCACAACUGGACCUAAUGGUCAGGGGUCCCUUUACCUUUACCUUUACCUUUAAGGAGGGAAGAAGCUUCUCUAGUGUCAAAACUCAGAUUUAUUAAUGCUAGUGGUGGCUUAUUGUUAAGUUGGGGCCCCUAAAAUUUCUUAAAUUCUGUCUGAUGCUGAACUAGAAAGUUUUUGCAAAGGUAUUUUUAGGUUGUAUAUGUAACUUGAUGCAUUGCUUGCUUAAACAGAAGAACACAAGCUUUGAAAGAUUUUACCUGAAAGCGGUGGACGUCACUGUGACCAACCCUGUAAAUGGUAAGAUUCUAGCUGUAAGCAGUUAAGUCAGAUCUUUUUAUUGGGUCACAAUAUUUAAAAAACUUUUUAGUGUGCCAGCGCCUUGGUAGUACUUAGCUGGCUGUAUGCAUACUAGGGCUAAUGCAAAGUUAAGGCCACUCCGCUUUGAGUCAAAGGUAUCCUUGUGUCAGAAACUGAAAGGUAGAUUUCACGGGCCAUAAAAUGCAGCGACUUGUUUGGGGUGCCUGUUUCCUUGCCACCCAAGAUGGCAGUGUCAACAAGAGAUCACCUUGUGGCAUCAAGGCACCGUGAGAAAAUACCUUACUGCCUAAAAAAACCAAGUGGGUGCUCCCUCUGAAAUUGUUCACAGAAUUCAGACACCCACAAAAUCAGCAAAGUUCUCCUCGUUUUGCCACACACAAAUGGAGUAGCAAAUUUGAGCGUGGCAUUUUACUACUUGAAAACUGAUUAUCCUCUAAUAAAUUCAGUUCUGAUCUCCUCGUUUUGUACACAUUUCACCGCAGGUAAAUUUCCCCAGUUAAUAGACCCCCUCAAACAAAAUUGGCCUGCAGUAGUACUUUUAGAAAUGGGAGCUUAUAAACUGUUCCCCUGCAAGUCUUCACGCAAAACGUCUUUUUCCUCCACAGGAACGCAGUUUGCUGCAAGUGACAAUCUCACUUUCUGGGAGGCCUCCCUCGGAAGCUCAUACAUGUGUCGAAAAAAGGAGACUCUUGUAGUGACUCCUUCAUGUAGCCUGCACGUCUUCAACUUAAGGAUCCAGCCAUUUCAAGUACAGAAUGGCCAGUUCUCCAUAGGUAAGAAUAAAUCCCCCCCCCAUCCCCUCCCCCCAAAAAGCAGCCUUCGGAAGCUUUUGAGUUUAAAGACCAAAGUUUUAGAUAGGUAUAAAACAGCAAAGAAAACUCACUGUUUACUUGAGCCCGACAAGUGAGCCAACUUUAAUUUUAUUUGACUUGUACAUUGCUUUAUGCUUAACUCUUAAAAUUAUUUACAAUAUAUAGAUAAUACAAUAAAAUGCAAUGAAUAGUAUCUUGGCUGGCUCUCAGAUAGCAAUUGUACAGUAGUUAAACUUACAGCUGUGCUAGAAAUAAUGGAAAUGCAGGUUUUGUCAAAAGUACUAUUGGUGGGAGUGAGUAUAUCUUGACUAAAUUGCUGCUGUUGAAUUUGAGAUCUGUAAGAGGUGGGGCAAAGCCCUCUCCCAGCUGCACCAUUUCUAUGGAGGGAUAUCCUGGCAGAGAUCAACCUUGCAAUUAAAUAGUAAGCCUGUUUUAUUUCAGCCGAUAGCUUUUAGUUCUGACAUGACCUGGGAUUGUAUUUGGGUACUGUUAGUGUGGUUCUAAGGUUACACUUAUUUUUUGUUUUCUGAGAAGGGGGAAUUAUUUGAAGGAUGGAGUGGAUCUUAAAGAGCAAACCUGAUUCAGACAAGUGCAUGUCAUGCUCUAACCAUUGGCAGGUGACUCUCCAAAAGCAGAGGCUUUUUCUAUGUGGUAUUUGUUCAUUUAUUCAUUCAUUUAUUUGAAUCUGGCUUGAUGGUUAGCUUUCAAAAAGCCUUUGAGCCCGGUAGUUACAGAAUAAUAAUUUUUAGGCAGCAGACUUGCUUGUCACCUCCCCCCCCCAAAAAAAACUAUAUUGCAAGAGCAAUAGUGAUUAAAGAUAUAAAUGUAAAUUCCCCCCCCCACCCCAGUAUUUCAGGAAUCAGAUAACAUUUCUUUAAGGCAUAAUGUAUUCUACAAUUAGGAAUAAGCAUCUUCUAUUUACCACAAAAAUCUAUCUAUUAUAAUAUAGAAAAAUAGAUUUUUCCUUUAUAGCAUUCAUAGUUUUUAUAGCCAUAAUCAGGGUUAAUCUUGACAUGCUACCUGUGAGCUCCCAAAAAAUGAAUUCUAAACUUGCUUCAUUCUCCAUACCCACAAAAUGCUUUCUAUAGACGAAAGAUUUUAAUUUAAUUGGAUGAACCAGUGUCCCAGUACCUGAAUUCAACCCUUGAUCUAAACUAGUGCUAGGAAACGAGGCCUUUUGGUAUUUCCAUCAGUCAUCUAAGGUGAAAAUUGUUGGCUUUAAAAAGGGGGAUUAGACAAGUUAAUGAAGGAUAAGCCUGCCUGUGACUGCCAACCCUGAUUCCUACAUUCUCCCUCCACUCCCAGAAGCUGUAUGCUUCUGAAUACCAGUUGCUGUAAACAACGGGGUGUUAUUGCACCCAGAUACUUCCUGUGAGCUGCCCAUGAGCAUCUCCUGGUCACUGCAAGAACAGGAUGCUGGACUGAUCCAUCAGGAUUCUUUUUAAUGUUCUUAUGGCAAGCAUUUGAUUUCUAACAAAAUUUUCUUGUAAGCUUAGCAACUUCAGGCAUACAUCUGCAAAUUUUGAAUCGUUUUGGUCAUCUAAUAAAUCUUCUUGUUUGUCAGACUUGGUUGUUUGUCAGACCAAAGGCCAGAAUUCUAGCAUGUGGGAUUGUAAUGCUGCUCGCAUAAAGGCGAAGGCAUAGCUCUUGGCAGACAUCAUAUAUAUAUUUUCUCCCACCUUUCUUGUCUACAGCACGAGAAUGUUUGCUGGAUGAUGACACCUAUCUAAUCCCAGUUAUAGUUGGCGCUGGUCUUAUGGGCUUGAUUAUGCUUAUAGUGAUUGCUUACGCGCUUGGCAGAAGACAAAGCCAACCCGGAUAUCAAACCUUGUAAAUUUUGUGUGACUUGUUCUUGGCUUUGGCUGCGAUGUCUAAAGAAAAGUGCAAGCUCCCAAAUGGAAACCAGCCACCAAAAAGGUCCACGAUUCUCUCCUCCUUAAAACUGUGGAAAUGGCCCCCCAAAACAAAACAUGAUCAAGAACGUACCUCUUCUGAACAUAAUAAGGACAUCAUAAAAAUGUAUUGGGACUGACUAAUGGUCAUGGCAAAACCAGCCCAUGGAAAGUUAACCUUGCAAAUACGUUUGUGUGUGAAUUUCAUGUGUGGAAAUAUACCUGCAAAACAGGCAAUGGUACAAAAAGGAAUUAUACUUAGGGUGAUCCACUUAGAAUAUCAGAACAGCAUGGAAAAGCUGGGGUUUGUACUUACUGCUUUGUACACUCCAUCCUUUACAACUGAAAGGUAACCUGGCUGACUUGGUGACUGUAGCCUAGGAUACCAGCCAGGGGAGCUGUGUAGUGCUUAAGCAGCAUUUUUCCAGCUCAUGGCAUUCAGCAAUUAAAAUCCCUUUGUAGCCAUCUCAGCCCAAGCAAACCUGAAUAAUGCCGGCAAGGAUGUAAAAGCUUUUCAUUUACUAGCACCAUGGCACUAGUAACUUCUGAAGCUUGUAAAUCCUAAUUACUGUCCUGUCCUACCUGGUCAUUUGGAAAACCGCAGAGCUGGAUCUUGCGGGGGCUUAGUAUUGCUUUCUUACUAUCUGCAGGGAUAGAGGAGGAACCCUUCAUCUUAGCAUUCUCAUUCCUUUCUUAAAAAUAAAAAAGAGAGAGAAUCAGAGUUCAAAGUGCCCUUAACUUUUACAGCAAAUAACUGGGCUUGCUGUUAAAAGUCUUUUGGUUCCAUUGCAGCCGUUGAUAGUGGCUUGAAGCUGUUAAAAGUCUGUUUAUACUUACUUGUGUGCUAAAAUGAAAACUAUGUUCUUGGUUAUUCAACCUUGGAUAUUAAAAAAAUAAGAUCCAUGGUUAUCACUACAUUUGAGGCAAGCUGCUACCUGAAGUAUACUGCCAUGGGCAGGGUGAGAAAACGUGAUCAAAAAUAAAUUUCUGCUCUACAUUUUGCAGCAAAUGACUUUGGUGUACAAUGUACUACUCAAGUUUCCAGUAAGAGAUUUAGUUACAUAAAAGACCACUGAAAUAUGUAGAGUUUCUGCAACAAUUGAUUCUCUAAAUAUGUAGAGUGCCCUCCAAAAAUGAACCAUCUGUUCUGAGAGUUUAAACUGUGCCUGUUCAGAACCACCUCGGUUUGGAAUCCUCUAGCCUAGAUGAAUAAGAGUGGGAUUCCCCUUAAAUCAAGGAUUAAUUCACUGUGGCCCUUUAGCCCUUGUGGCUCAUUAUGUUAAGAAUGAAGAGAACAAGGUGGCAAUCCCCACCCAUGCUGCAAUUUAUCUGCUUGUGUUUCCUCCUCCAAACAUAAAUCAACUUGCUUAAAUCACUCUUGUGAGCUGUCUGCUAGAAAAGUCUUUCCUUGGCUUGGCAAUUUGAUGAUUUUUGCAUGUGUGUUUGUGUUAACAUGUACCAGCUUACUGAAUUUGUCAUAGCAAUUUCUCAUUGCACAUAUGCCAUAACAGAUUUAGACCAGACACAGAGGGUCAGAAAUGAUGGCAAAAAUGUGUCCUGGAAAGCUAAGCAAAGUGCACACCUUCAUCUUGAAGGUAUAGAAAUGCUUCUGCUAAGCACACGAGCUUUUCUACUUAAAAUCUGCACAGCUUCAAAGUGACUGGUUUGUGUUAAAACACCUGAAACUUUAAUGUCUGCUUUAAUCUGUUGAAGUCACUGUCUUUCUUAUAUAAUUGUAUUUCUACGUAAGGACUUGAUUGUCUGUGCACAAAAUGCUUUAAUAAAGAAUCUUCUGUUCCUAAGGAAGCUUGGUCACAUUGCUUGAUUGAAAAGCUUUUCUGGAAAGUCUCCUCAAGCACCUUUGCCCUCUCUCUAAGCUUGGACAGUAGAUUAUGUGUUACUAUAAAGCUAUGGUUUUCCAGAUGGCUCCUUCCAGGUAACUUACCUGCUGAUUGAAUUAUUGGUGCAUCUAUCACGGAAACCCUACAGAAGUCCUAGUAUACCCACAGAUUGGGGUGAGGGGCUGCUGUCCACUCUCUUUCAACUGCACCGUAUAAUGCAUCCUGUGUCUGCUUUGCACAGCGUAGAGGAUGAUCUGUAGUGGUGGGGAAACUGUCACUCAAGAAUGUUUUGUCCCUUGUCUUAUCUCCAUUUUUGAAACUCCACGGUCGCCUCUUUCUCCAUUUUCCUGGAACACAGUUUGAAAGCUACUGCUGUAAGGGCUAAGCCAGACGACAUAAACUCAUCACUUGCAGUUAAAAAUAGCAAACGCUUGUGAGGGCAGGGGGAAGCAUAUGAGGAUCACAGAAGAUGGGGAGGUUUAAAACUCUUCCUCCCUGAUGCAAUCCUGAGAAAUUUAAGAACCCUAAAAAGUUGCUCCUGGUCUGGACAGAAAAGCCUCUGUUGGCACCAGUGCAGACUUCCCUGCGAGGGCUGAUGCAUCAGUUAAAAAUAACAGAGUGGGGACAUCAGGACCAUGGCAUGAGAGGAAAAGGUUAAACCUCCACUCCCCAUGUUCUGUGGGCCUGGCAAAUCCUUCCUUGCUAUUUUUAACUAACAUGAUUGCAAAUCCAAAAGUUGGCUCUAAAAGCAGAGAUGGCUAAAAGGUAGACUAAGUAGACCAGACAAAGUAAAUAAUCCUGGGCAAGCUGGACCUUGAGCUCAUUCAGCAGGACACACUUACAUGCAGCUUUUGCAAUCCUGCAGAGUUUAAAUAUGUAAGCUACGCACGACUGGGUUGCAUUAGACUCCUAAGAUUCAUUCCAGUGCAGACUAUAAUAUUGCCUAGAUUCUGCCUCUCCACAAAUCCUCUUUAUACACUUAGAUGUCUUUAAUACCAUAUUUUUAUCCUAUCUGAAAAGAAACAAGAAGAGAUGGGGAAAACCAUGUUAAUAGCUGAACCCUGCAUGCUCAGAUGUUCUGAAAGCACUCGCUUGGGCAUAGAAUUUGCAGCAUUAAUAGUUGGACCCAUAUUACAGUGUCCGUAUAGUAUAUAUCAGGGCAGCUUGAUUCACUCAAUUAGGGUGUGCUUGUACUAUUUAGCAGUUGCAUUGUAUAAAAUGGUGGCUUGCAGCUAGCAUGGCCAAGCUGCCUUCUGUAUGGAGGAUUGGAAUGUGGGGCCAAGUCCUUCCUAUCUUUGGCUUGGACUAGAAGGCAUCAGGUGUAUAAACUAGCUGAUGUCCUUCAAAACUACCCUGAAACCUCCUUAGGCUAGGUGGUAUCCGGGAAGGUACACAUGUAUGACUUACUGUCUGUAUCUGGGCACUCAUUUGGAGCUAAGAUUUGGGCUGCUGUUAGGACACUUUCAGGGCAGCCACAUCCCUGGAGAGUAGCAUUAGGACAAUCGUUAGCCUUGCCAUAAGAUGUGCAUGGUCUAAAUCAGGCAUGGGCAACCUGUGCUCUUCCAUAUGCUAUUGGACUGCAGCUUCCAGAAGCCCUGGCCAUGGAAGAGGGGAGUGGGAGCCCAGCAACCAAACAUCUGAAUGGUGAUUGGUUCCCCAUCUCCUGCCUAAAUGGGCUUAAGGCUGAGCUGUCUUACCUUGUGCUUGAAGUAUCGCUGAAGUAGAGGCAAAGCUUUCAAAUCAGCAUGUCUGGGAUCAGGCUGCAGAUCCUGGAAAUGUGCAUAGUAGUAAGAGAAGCUCCUUUCAGUUGUGUUAGGCUAGCUCCAGAAAAUCACAGGCACUCUGAAAGUGAACUAGUGCACUCCUAUGCUGUAAUACAUGUCCAGUAUAAAAAGGGUGGUUUUUAAAGUAUACGUAGGCGUUGCUUCUUGGGGCAGCAGAAUUAUCUGCUCAUUUUUACAGUCUGCUCGUUUUUACAGUCACAAUCCCAAUAAUGUCAUAGCAGGGACAGGGAACUUUUGAUCCUCCAGCUGUUGGUGAAAGCUAGCUCUCAUGCUGAUGGGAGUUGUCCAACAUCUGGAGGGGCAAUAGUCCGGCACCCCAACAGUUACUGGAUAACAAAAAGAUUGGACAGUUAGGGAAAGAGAAUGUUUGCAAGACUAUGUCGUCAUGUGCAUUUGGAAGAAGGAAAUAGAGCUUCCAAGUUCCUACUGUUGGUGGGAAGGACUGCAUCUGUAAAUAAUCUUUGUAUUUUCUGCAGCUAGAGACACACAUUCUGUACUUUAAAAUGGGUAAACUAUUUCUAUGUUUGGUAGCGUAGUAUUUCCUGUAGGGGGUAAACUCUGUGACAUCCUAAUUCAGUAACUCCUGAGCGAAGUGGAGGAAUUUUGCAGAUUGCCUGAAUUUGUACCUCAUAAAAUGGGCUCUCUGAGCCUCCAUGUUUGGGUAGAUUUGGGCCCAAUUUUGUGGUCUGCAGUGAUACCCUAACAUUCCACCAAAUUCUUGGCAUUUUGGAUGCAAGAAAGCUGCACACAUUUCUAAUAGCCCUAGAGGUGUUUCGUGUUAGUAUGCUACCUUCAGCUAAAGUUACGACUUUUGGGGAGUGAUGAGGACCACGGAAGGCCAGGGUUAGCCCAGGAAAUUAUUUUUGCAAAAGCAAAAGGCCCUGGUUUUGGCCUUCCCAGAAAACAUCUAGCUCACUAUUUAUGGAAACAGGGUCCUGAGCAACAGAAAACAGUUUUUGUCCCAGUAAGGUUCUCCUUUGUUUUAAUAUCCAUGGUGGAAAUGCAUUGCAGAAUAGUUUACUUUGAUACCGAACCUUUUUGCACCUCGGGCCGAGCAGUGAGACCAUGUACACACAGUGGGGUGGGUGUGGGGAAAGAAAAGGUUUGGGUUUGGGUUAUAACCUGCUGCUGAUAGCUGCUCAGGGAGGAAUGGAGUUUAUGCCAGGAAUAUGACUGGUGGGGAUAAAUAUCCCAGUAUGUCAUCCUCCCCAACACAAUCCCUCCUUCCCAUCACAGUUGUGCCCCCCCCCCCAGCCACCAAAAGGCUAUUUGGUGGGCUAGAGAUAGUGCAUCUGGAGGAGUGUCAACUGAGAAGGCAGCUUGGGUGCUUGCAUGCCUACACUGAAAGCCUCUAGGUUUCCCACACAUGCCGCAAAUGGGAAGGGGGCAGAAUUACUUUGUCAUCCAAACGGGACCUCUCAACUGCUUAACAUUCCUGUUACCCUUUCUCCAUCCAGCUGAAGAUUGCAUCCCAGAGGUGGACUACUUCUUUGUGCCCAUUAUGGUGGGAGCGUGUCUGGCAGGAUUAAUUGCUCUCGUUCUUAUGGCUUAUUUUGUCAGCCGCAAAACUCGUGAUAAUGCUGGUUAUGAGCAGCUCUAAAAGCGGGGUGCAGUUUGGGCUGAGCACUUCCACUUUCAACCCGCUGAGGAGUGAUUUCCACCAGAAGAGUGUUCUGUUGUCACACACAUGUUGUUCAGAGAGACAAGCCUACUGCGUGCUCGUAAUAAUUAAGUGUGAAGUGACUUGUUUUGAAUGUGGAUAGGCCAGCUUAAGCCAAAUGUACUUUUUCCCAAAAAAACAAAUCAUUGCAGUGCCAAAUACCAUGAUGGCACAAAGCCACCUCAGAAGUCUUGUCCUCUCAGACCUGAUGCAAAGCUAAUACUGAUUUCCUGCAUGCCGUAGUUUGCAAACAGACACAAGGCUGGCUGUGCAGGAAACCAGACUUUACAACAGCUUAAAACACAAGCAAACAGGUCUUGAGCGUAUUUUAAAGCUCAGGUGAGAAUCUGAUAAAUGAAAUGUUGUGGACUCAUUAUGUGGCUUCUUGAGUGAUGUGUAUUAAAAAGGCCUUAAGCCAUUUACCUCCUGAUUUUGUGAAGUAAAUAUUUUGCAUUAUUGGGUCCCUCUACCAUUAAUUGAGCAUUUUGAGUUUUCUACUUUUCAGAAGUGACUUAUACCCUGUUACUAAAAAAAUAGUAAUAGUCCAAACAUUACUCUGGUUGUGCCAGCCAGCAUUAUAUAAAAUAGGGCACUCGCUGUAGCCUCAUUCUAAUGUUUGUGAACGACUACUAGUUGUCUUGCUGUGGGUUGUGUUAAAUAACUGUGUUUAUAGAGUCAUUGUGUAUGUAAUACACUGCCUAUCAUUUUGGCAGAAUUGGCUUUUCAUCUUGUGCACUGUUUACUAAAAUAGCUGCCUUGACGUCCCUUCCCGGGGCAGAAGAACAGAAUAUAUGCUUUUAAAUAAAAAUGAAGAUACCCUUUUAGAACACUGUUACUGAAAGAAACAUUCAAUUAUGUAAAGCAGAGAUGGGAAACCUGUGGCCGUCCAGAUGGACGAUGCUGGAGUACGAUUGCCAUCUGAUCUUUGGCUAUGAUGGGAGUUGGACUCCAACAAUAUCUGGAAGGCCACAUCUUCCCCUUCCUGCUAUAAGGCAAGAUAGCCUUUGGGUCAUCAUAACUAUGUUUCAGUACUGCACAUGGAAAGAAAGUAAGUCAGGAUCCUUAACUUCCUGUAAUAACAAAAGCAAAAAAAUGUUUAUGAGGAUGUUGUAAUAUUCUGGAAGUUGAAAAUGUUAUGAUAAUAAACUGACUUGCCUUAUUAUUCAAGCAGCAGGGGAGAUGGGUGAAACCUUAUGAUUAUUAUCCGGCUCUUCUUCCAGAGGCUUCCUUGAAAAUCUUCCCCAAGGCUGCUUCUGAAAUCCAAGCCUCUUGCUAUUUAAAGUGUUGACAUUCUGUUGCCUACACGCUGUUAAACUCCAGGUUAGAUUACUGAAGCUUGUUACACGUGGGGCUGCCUUUGAAGACUGCUUUGGACGUGCACUUGGCGCAGAAUUGCGCAGCAAGAUUGUGCACCUGUUUAAGGCAGUCCAAGCAUAAGAUGCCAAUUCCGGAACAACUCUGCUGGCUGUCAGUUAGUUUCCAGGCUCAAUUUAAAGUGCUGGCUUUAACCUAUGUAAAGCCUUAUGCAGUUCUUGACCCCCCAAUACCUUAGAGACUGCCUCUCCUCCCCACAGAAGCCACCCCACAGCCUGCAUUUUUCAUCUGAGACCCUUCUCCAUGUGCAGAAAGUGGCAAAACAAGUAUAGGCCUUUUCAGUGGUGGCUCCCUGUUUGUGGAAUGCUUUCCCCAUGAGGCAUGCCUGAUGCCAUUCUUAUCCAUUUUCAGGCAUCAGGCAUUCCUAUUCAUCCAAGCUUUCAAUUGUUAAAUGUGGAGGGUAUUGGGUAUUUCUAUGGUGGUCUCUUUUUGCUUGUCUUUUUAUUGGGGGGGGGUUGAGUUACUUAUACCUGUCCUUUUAUAUAUAUUACAGAUGUGCUGUUGGGUUUUAGUUUUAUUCUGGUUUUUAUGUUUUGGUUUUAAUUUUUGGGUCACUUGGUGUCACAUUCUCUGAAAAAAGGAAGUAAUGCAAUAAGUAAUCAUAAUAAUAUUUUAGCUUUCCCAUCAACUCUGCAAAAGGAGAACAGGGCACAGAGCCUAUCUCAUGCUCUAUCUUGUUCUUGCCUUGAGGCAAACAUCAUCAUGACAGGCAGUAGUGGCCUUGCAGUUCAUACACAGAUGGAGUUUGAGAUGCCAUAUUUCUCCUGUCUUGUUUGUGUAGAGAUAAGGGAACUUCCUGGCUCAGACUAGAGGUCAGUUCCCAUUUUCAAGGCACCAGCAUCAGACUUUUUUGAGGCUGGGAUGAUGCUGGGAUUUUGUGAAUUAAGCAAGUUACAAUAAGUUGCUUUAACAGAGUUUAAAUCUUUGGGGGUGAGUCAGUAUAGCCUGGCCAAAAAAAAAAAAGUUAUUAACCCCAAAACAGACUAGUUAUUUUGCUGCCAUGUACCUGUGUUAGUAUAUCUGUUGCAUGGAUUAAUUAAUUAAAACGAAGUAACUUCCAUUGAGAUUUGCUACCUGGCAUCCUGGAGGAGACUUUGACCCAUCAUGGGCUAGUGGCUAUUUGCAAGGCUGUUUCAACACAACUAGACAGGUAUAUUAUUCCUGCCGCCUUUUCCUGCACAUCUGCCUGCAGAGAACAGCAAAAUAGCAACAGCUGCUAGGGUUGUGAGAUUAGCUGGGACUUGGUGAGAACUGAGCAAACCUCCCAAAUCACUGCAUGAUGUUCUGUUUCCCCAUGCCAGGCUUGUUACUGCCCUCUGCUUAAAAGCAAACAACGAUGCCAAAUUUGUACAUAAAGCUCUGGACCAAUGUUACAUGAACAUUGAAUCUUGCAUUACUGUUUUUAAAGUGUCACCAAUGCACCUGACCCCAGAUAGAGUUAUAUGGGGCAAUAUAGAUAAGCUCCUGCUCCCAAGGAGUUUACAAUCUAAAAAAAAGUAAUCCUUGCUGAAAUUGGGAAUAAGGAUUAAUGGUGUAGUCCCAACUGUAUCUACCCAGUAAAAUAUGGCUUUCUCCCAGGUAAGUGGCAUUAGAAUUGCAGCCUCUUCACCAAAGGCUAUGCUAAAAAAAAACCCUGGCCUUUCAAGAAGGGUUGGAGGUCAUCAGGGUUCAAGACUCUGGGGCAGGUUUGGGGAUGCUAAUAUUGCUGAACUACAACUCCCAUCAGCCCCGACAAGCAUGGAGGGCCAAGGUUCCUCAUAUAAGCCCUGCAGUGCCCCCUCUAUAUGCCCCACCCUAUUUUCUACCCCUUUCUGGUUAAAGAGAUCCCCGCCUGCCCUUGGGCAAGUGGGUGGGGUUCUGAAAUAAAGCUAGGCAUGAAUUUUCAGUUCAGUCCAUUCCUAUGCACAUCAAAGGUAAUAUACCAAAAGAAAGGAAGGUACAAAAUGAGCCAGCUUGUUUUUCGAUGGCACAGUAACCCAAACAUUGCAUUGCCUUAAAGUUCUGCUGCCGGCUUGCUAACUCUUAGUAAACAAUGUAUGAGCUUUUAAACUGUGCAUGGGAUUAUCGUUUUUGUUAUUAUGGUAUGCAUUUUUUGUGCUCUUAUAUUGUAAACCGCCCUGCGAUCUUCGGAUAAAGGACAGUACAGAAAUGUAAAUAGUAAUAAUAAUAAUAAAGUAAAUGCUGAGAACAUUUAAUAACUUGUUCCUUGUGCAGCCAACAAUUGACCAUUUUGUUCUCUUUGCCUCCUUACUUUCUAUUUUAAAAUUCCUCUUUGCCUAAUACGGUAUUUCCUGCUGUUUCUGCAGGAUGGUGCUAAAUCUUCAGUUUAUUGUAACUCAUGGAUAAAUGUAGAGAGUUACUCUCCUUUCUGUAGCACAGACUUGUGUUUUCUCCCUGCCAUUGGCCAGAUGGCAGAGUGAUCUGUUUAUGGAAAAUAUUUGAGUCACAUCUACAUCACCGUAUAUCUAAAGCACAUGGCUUCUCCUUCUGAAUCAUGGGAAAUGCAGUCUGUUAAGGGUACUGGGAAUUGUAGCUUUGUGGGGUAGGUAAGCUACAGUUAACAGGAUUCUUUAGUGGAAGCCAUGCUCUCUAAAUGGUGUGGAUGUCUUUGAUCUCAUGCUGAAAGCAACACUACAUCACCUAACAGCUAACAGCAAUUCACAAUCCAAUUCUAAUUAUGUUUACUCAACGAGUCCCACUGAGUUCAGUGAGAUGUACUCCCUAGUAAUGAUGCUUAGGACUGCAACCUAAGUGAUGCAUGGACAAUUGGGGGAGAUUUCCCUUUUAAAACAUGCUAAGAUCCUGUGCGGGGCUGAAACCCUCUGGUUCCUAACCAGGACCAGCCCAAGACAAUUUGCUGCCAGUGGCUAAAGAACAAAAUGACAUCUCUUCCCUAUUAUGUGUACAAAAGCAGUUCAAUCCUACCUACUGGCAGCAGAAUGUACUACAUUGCAGCUGAGGUCAGCCGCCUGGCUGAGGGAGUGCUUGGCAGACAUUGCCCUGCCCACUCCCUGCAUUUAUCCGCAGAGGCAGCAGCCUCACUCUUGUCUCAUAGGACAGCUAGCUCUGCUCCUAAACCCAGUCACAAGUUCUAAGAAUGAGGUCAGAGGAAAUCUGUUCCUCCUCCUAGAGCGUGGAAGCCACUGCAAACAGAGUGAAGAAAAUCUGGGCUAACUGCAAAAGCAUUCAGAGCUGAGCUUUAAUACUUCACUGAUCACAAUGCUAAAGUGACUUGCACGUAUCACUAGAUAAGUACUCCGGAGUCUAUUUAUCAGGAGUGAGGCAAUGGGGUGUCCUGUAGUGAUGAGGAAAAGAGACUGAACUACAUAUUAAAUCUAAAUCUAGACUUCAGGUGUGGGGUUUUUUGCUUUUCUUUAGCUGUGUGCUUUCCUAUAAAACUGGCAAAUAUUUAUAUUUAAGAGCCACCGUACUGUAGUGGUUAAGUGUGUUGUGCCAGGACUUUUGAGGCUAGAGUUCAAAUCCCCACACAAGCCAUGGAGCCCCCUGGGUGGUCUUGGGCCUGUCGCCAUCUCUCAGCUUAACCUUUUAUCACUGGGAGGUUGUGAGGGUAAAAUGGAGGGAUGAAGAGGAAAGAUGUGAGCCACCUUGGGAUCCUUGGGUUAGAAAUGAAACAAAUAAAUAAAACAGGCAAAUCUUAAGGUCAUCUGUUGGCUUUCCUGACAUCCCUGUGAGUCUAGCUGGUGGGCACAUUGGCGCAAGUUUCGCUGGUUCCGUUUUACACACCAAGCACAGUAGAUGUUCCAAAAUUUCAAAGGUGCCUGGCCAGAGAAACAAAAUCACAAACUUGGGCCCCACCUGCACUAUAGAUUUAAAGCAACAGCAUACCAUUUUAAACAGGCAUGGCUUCCCUCCCCGCCCCAAGAAUCCUGGGAAGUGUAGUUUGUUAAGGGUGCUGAUAAUUGUUAGGAAACCCCAAUUCCCCUCAGCCAGAAUUCACAGAUUUCCCUCGUAGGAUGCCUUUUGACUGUUAAACUACUCUGGCUAUUGUAGGCCUGUUAGGGGAAAUAAAGGUAAAGGUAAAGGGACCCCUGACCAUUAGGUCCAGUCGCGGACGACUCUGGGGUUGCGGCGCUCAUCUCGCUUUAUUGGCCGAGGGAGCUGGCGUACAGCUUCCGGGUCAUGUGGCCAGCAGGACUAAGCCGCUUCUGGUGAACCAGAGCAGUGCACGGAAAUGCCGUUUACCUUCCCGCCGGAGUGGUACCUAUUUACCUACUUGCACUUUGAGGUGCUUUUGAACUGCUAGGUUGGCAGGAGCAGAGACCGAGCAACGGGAGCUCACCCCGUCACGGGAUUCGAACCGCCGACCUUCUGAUCGGCAAGUCCUAGGCUCUGUGGUUUAACCCACAGUGCCACCCGCGUCCUGCAUUAGGGGGAAUAGGACAUCGUAAAAACAGUGAGCUCCCAGAAUGGUUUUUUUUGGGGGGGGGGGGGGACACAACCUCUGUGGCUGUUUAAACUGACAGGAUGCCGCUUUAAAUGUGUAGUGUAGAUGGGGCCUACGUUAGGAAACAAGAGUUGCAACUAUGUCACUUGUGCUUUUGCUAAUUUGUGCUCAGAUGCUUGCUCUCUUCACUAACUUCCUGUCACUUGCUCUGUGUUCUCCCUCUCCCCCCUCUCUUUUCAAUCUUGUCUUCCUACAGCUGAAGAGUGUACCAGUUCUGAUUUCCUCUUUAUCAUCCCCAUUGUGGUGGGUGUGGUCAUCGGACUCCUUAUUGUUUUUGCCUUUGUCUUUUAUAUGAUCGGAAGGCGGAAAAGUGACAGUGGCUACCAAGCUGUGUAACCCUGUUAUGUGCUGCUGCUGCUGCUUCUGCUUCUCUUCUUUCUGUUUCCGCUCGCCCCGUACCCUUAACAGACUUUCGAGCUCAUGGUUUUCUUACAGUAAAAGAAAAGAAGAAGGAAAACACACACAAGCAAGGUAAAUAUAAUAUGUGCAUACAACAGGAGGUAGGAACUGCUGACUGAGGCUGCUGCCUACUUUGAGAAUCUUUUUUUGGACUCCCCUUCACCACUUGAAAACAAGACUGAUUGUUUUCUGAAGAAAGAAGUGUUGGAAACAAAUCUCAUCCCUCUUCAGCUUACGCUUCCGAUUUGCAUUUCCUGGAUUCUAGUUAUUGUGUGGGUAUCGAAACAGAUAGCAAACUUUCAGGGGGCGUUUGCAGCUUUAGGGAGCAGCAGCAAAUGUCAUAGGAAGUUUCCUUAUACCAAGUAAGACUGUGGGCGGUCCAACUUUUCAUACCAAGUGGGCCGCAAGAGUUUUCCACAUGGAGCCCAUGGGCCGUACACUGCCUUGCACAGGAAGGGGAGUGAGGCCAAAAUUUGACACAUGCACCCAGCCUUCAUUCUGCCUUCCCAAAGCCAGAUAAGCAAGGGGCUGGGCUUUGGGAAGGCUUUCGGCAGGUCCCAGAGCCCUCCCUCCUUCUUCUCAGAGCUGCGAAAGCGCUAAAUAGGCCUUGAGGAGGAGGAUGAAGGACUCUAGGACCCUGUAGAGCCCUCAAGCCUCCUUCCCUAAGCCCAGUGCCUCAGUUACCAAGCUUUGGGAAGGCAGCAGGAGGGCUGGGGAUGAGGUGUCAAAUGUUGCUGAGGGCCACCCAAAAAGGUCCCAAGGGCCACAGGCAACCCUCAGACUAUGCAUUGAACCACCCUGAUCUGGCCUGAUACCACUGCUUUUCCCCCCCCACAAAAAAUGUUUUGGGGUACUCUCAUUUUCCUACUCAUAUUGAAAUACUGCCCCUCAAUGAGGCCAAACUUAAAUUCACAAAAUGUUUAGGGGUAUGUGUACCCCUGCGUACCCCCAGAAAAAAAGCACUGCCUGAUACUGUCUACACUGACCACCAGCAGCAUUCCAGGAUUUCGGGUAGAUCUAACCAGCCCUACCUGGAGAUGCCUUGGAUUUAACCAGAGACUUAUAGCAUUUAAUGCAGAUGUUGUACUGCUGAGAUACGGCUUUUCCCCUUAAAGGUUUUCAACAUUUGUGGGAGUGAGGCUCUAGUUAAAGGUCGAUUGUAACUUUAAUUUCUGUGGCCACUUCGUACAUGGGUAGGGAAACUGUGAGCCUCCAAGGUGCUAUUGGAGUCCAACGUUUGGCAGAUAAUUGAGGAUGAUGCAAGUUGUAAGCAAAAGGCUUAGUAGAUGAAAGUAAAUCAGCUGCUUUAUAGCAGACUAUGCUAUUUGGUCAUCUAGCAAAGUAGGAACAUAGGAAGCUGCCUUAUACUGAGAUAGCUCAAAAUUCUAUCUAGUAUUGUCUGACUGGCAACAGUUCUCCAGGGUUUCAGAUAUGGGUUUCUCCCAGACCCUACCUCGAGAUUCUGGGACCUUCUGCAUGCAAAAUAGAUGCUCUACCACUUCCCCGUGUCUUCUCCAGGGACUGGGAACCUCCAGCUGCUAUUGGGCCAACUGUUGGCCAAUGAUAUGGGAAGCUGGGCAGCAACAUCAGGAAGGCCACAAGUUCCCAAGUAGUUUGCAGAAGGCCCAAAUUGCCAUGCACCCACGGGAGCUUUGGACUUGAAUUUCUGGAGCAAGAGUCUCACCCCUUAACCACGUCACCCCACAUAUCAAACUACUGACACCAAAGCUGUGUGGAAGGAGACAUGCCUUUUCAAAGAGAAUGAAAAGGUCAAACAAGCUUACUGGACAGGUGGGUUAUUUCUCCCACAGUACAAUUACUUACAGCACAGAAGCUUAGCUUUGGGUAGGUCCAAAAUAUUUCAUUUACAGUGACCAAGGUACCACCUAUUACAGGCAAAAUGUGAAUGCCCAUGGAAGUUUGCUACUCAUUCUAGAGAUGUAUAAGCAGGUAAGUCUUGUUGAGGCCAAUGAGACUUACUUAUAAGUAGGUUUGCAUAAGACACAUAAAACAUAGGAUAGUCACCAAACAUGUAUGCCUGAAGAAUCUUGAAUGCCUGGCUAGAGAUCCCAUCACAGAUGGUUAUUUUUGUAGGCAUUUCACUAUGCCAUAGGGUUGGGGAGGAAUCUGUAGCCCGCUGGAAUAAAGCUCCCAUCAGCCCCAACCAUUGGCCUUGUUUGGUGGGAAUUGGGAGUCAACCAGCAUUUGGACAGUCAUACUGUCCUCAUCCCAGGCUUAAGGUAAUGUGAAGAGCCUUCUUCAAAUGUAACUACACCUUGAUUUAUCAUACUGGUAUGUCAUUUUUCAUUCCCAAGGAUACUCGGAGCAGUUCACAAUAAUAAAAUUAGGCGGAAUUGCAAGGUGCUGUGAGUGGUACCACAUGACUCACAGCUGCUCUCUUGUAUCCCUGACAAAGACCUGGAAUGUAUAUGCUGGAAGUUGUCCUUGCAGAUGGAUUUGUUGAGAGAGCUGAUCCAUCUGUUUUUGCCCUGGCUAGUUACCUAAGUCAGGAAUGGGGAAAUGCAUCUGGCUGGCAGGCCAAAUCUUUACCUCCUCCCACUACACCCCUUGGGCCAAAUUUGACAAGUGGGUGUGAGUCAAUCAACUGACAUGUUUUCUUUUCCUUGCACAGUUUGAAAUAAUACCACAUGGGCAAAGACACAGCACUUUGCAGGUGCCAGACAUCAUCUGAUUGCGAUGCAAGCACUCAACAGUCACAGCGGUGCUUGCAAACCCGACUUUACAUAACAUCAAGUUGUGUGUGUGUGUGUGUGUGUGUGUGUGUGUGUGUGUGUGUGUGGCUUUGGCCAAAAUGGUCUCACAGGCCAUAUGGGUUGACCUGACAGACCAGAUCAAGCUCAUGGGCUGGAGGUUUCCCAUUGCUGACAGAAGUGAAUGGGUAUGUACUUUCGCGUCCAGAUGAAUGUGAGGGAUAGGAAGGGGAAGCAGGCUAUGCAGUGAUCUGAAAGGACACAGGCUCUUCCCUAUGCUGUGACUUAGCACCAGAAUGUAGGGGCUCAGUUGCUUUGUGUUCAUUCAUUCACUUACUUUACUCUCCUCCUUCAUGAUGCCAUUGCCAUUGCACAGUUUUCUUUCUGGUGACUGGGGCUCUCACAAAAGUGUUUCCACUGCUGGAUUUAGGGCAGUGUAGGUGGUUCCUCCAUGCAGGGCAGAGCUGGGGUGUGUGUGUGCAAAAUUGAGAAGAUCCAUUUGGAGAUGCAAGAUUUUGGCCUUUAUGAAAGAUGACCAAAGUCUGCCCCUGCUGCUUCGCACAGCAGCCCAUCCUAGCCCAUUUUCUUCAUGAUUGCAUGAGGUGGUACCCAAGCUGAAUUCUCAAUUGAAUUGCCCUGUGACUUAACAUGAAGGCAUGGUAUAUCCCUCAAUGGUUUUUUGAAUUGUCAAAAGCUACUUUAGGUUUCUUCUGGUGUUAAAAACAAGCCAGCACUUUUAAUGUUGUCAUAGUAUGUAUGACAAGUGAUAAUGAAGAUGGACGUAUGUCUGUGCUAAACAAUAAAGUCAACCAUGGUUGUCUAACCUGA